AUGUACAAUUACACACAUGAGGAAUGGCUUGUAACACUAAAGACCCCAGAGUUCGAGAGACUUAUCUUCCCGUUCACUUUUGGUAAACUUGUCAUUGAAGAUGCUCAGAAGAAAGUGCCCAUGACCCAGGAGAGAGUUGAUGGGAUCAUUGGAACCACCAAGCGGGUUCCACUGUUCAGACGUGCAUCCUUUGACAAAUUAGAAUAUAUCUUUUUCCCUGUGCAUGCAAACCUACACUACCGGGUCUACGCUGCUGAUAUAAGGAGUAAGAAGACUUUCCUUCUGGACAACCAAAAACCCAGUCCCACAACAGCCAAGAUCGAUCAUGGUCCAAUGGGGAUAAAGAUAUUCGAGUGUGGGGCAGCUUUCCUAACAAAGCACAACAUCGAUGCUCCCUUGCACACGUGGGAAUUUGUUAUUGCGGAUGUUCCUCAACAAGAUGGAAACAACGACUACGGAGUGUUCGCAUGCAUGUUCAUGGAGCAUUGGGCGGGCCACAUUCCAUCGGAAUACAAGCAAACUUGGCACAAGCAAGAGCACGUGGAGCACCAACGAGCAUCUAUUGCAGCCAAUCUCCUUCUAUGGCAAUACAACCUCCAAAGGAAUGUCACACUUGAGGAGGCAAACGAGUGGGCAACACAUAAGUAG